AUGCCGGGAUGCAUCUCGCCGUUGGCGCAAGAACCAGGUGCUUUGAAAUACGGCGAUGGCGAUGGCGAUGGCGACGGGCGACAGCGGCGGCAUGAUCAAGGGACUGAUGUGAUCUGGCCUGGCGUGCGACGCGCGCGGGCAACUGGCAGCUCCUCCUUCAGAUCCACCAUCGACGUGGAUGCAGCCAAACGCAGCCAAACCGCAGCCAAACAAACUCACGAUGCCCGCAGACUCGCCGCUCUGGUACUGCCCCUUGCCAGAGAUGCCUUGGACAUUGACAUUGAUUCUCGGCGAGCAGCCGAGCAAAGUGAGCUUGAGCUGUCCACGCAUCAUGGCCUUCAACUGAACAGCUGCAGCGGCGGCAGCAGAAACAGAAGCGGCAGCGGCGACAGCAACGACAGCAACGACAGCAGCGACAGCAGCAACAGCAGCAACAGCAGCAACAGCAGCAACAGCAGCAACAGCAGCAACAGCAGCAACAGCAGCAACGACAGCAACGACAGCAGCGACAGCAGCAACAGCAGCAACAGCAGCAACAGCAGCGACAGCAGCAACAGCAGCGACAGCAGCAACAGCAGCGACAGCAGCAACAGCAGCAACAGCAGCAGCCAGCUCAAAGUCAUCCCACGCAGUCCGCCAGUCCCUCGACCCCCGUCUCCCACAUCUAUCCAACGGAGCCACCCCAAGGCAAUCAACGUCUCUGUCGAAUCCGACCCCCGAUUCGGCCCGGCAGAACCGAUGCCAGAGGGUGGUGCAUCAUUCAUCGGAACCACUCUAGCCGCGACAAGGAGGCCGGUCUCUGACCCGUCCGCCACUGGGGCAGACGCUCCUCAUCGCGUCGUCAUUAUGCGCUUCAUCGUGAGGCUAUCGUUUGUGGAGCUGCCGCAGGGCACCCAAGUCCAGGUCGAGCAAGAGGAGCGCUUCUCGCGGGGGAGUCUCCCUGGCACUGCCACCGCCAUCAUGCAUGCACGCUCUGCACUGCUCCCCGUGUCCUUGGAUAAACCCGGGCCGGAAACCCGAUGCCGUUUUGCAUCGCUACUGAACGGAGAUCGUAAGGGCCUCCUCCUCAUGGAAUGCCUGGGCGACUCUCGGAUGCGCAAUCUCGUGCUUCUAAUCCCGGAAAGGGGCAUGGCUCGACCUUUGAGCGCUGGGGAGGAUCAGAGCGCAUGCUGGCUGUUACUCGAGCGAGAAAAUCCCGAAGCGGCAGUCGGAAUCCUCGCGCGGGGUCGUGCUCAGAACCGUGUCACAUGGGCUCACACGACGGUGUCGCUGGGAGACCGCAGCCUGUUCCAGGGCAGGAGAAGAGCCGGCUCUGACACGACUGUCCAUCGAUGGGUUCACGAGUUGAGCAUUCUGAUUUGGUCGGACGAGCAUCGUCGAGGGGCGCGGCAAGAAAGCCGAUUCCAUCCAACGCCUCCGGACGGACCUGCUCAAACAGGGAUGCGGGUGUGCCCUCGAACCGGCUCAUCGCCAACGUACGCAGCAACCUGGACGAGCGGGGGCCAUGGUCUCAAGUGGUGGCUAGCAGUUGAAGAGACGUAA